AUGAUCGACUUCUGCCUGACCCUUUGGCUCAAUGAUGGGAAACCUCGGCAACUGAUCGAUGAGAGCAAUACCGAGACUCCUUCAGCUGAUGCAAAGCUCAUGUCAACUAUUGCGGAAAGAGUUUGGUCUCAAUCCUCCGACGCCCAAUCCGUCAAUCAAACAGGAUAUCCUCCGUUGCAAUUCGCUCCCAUAGCUUGCAAUAUCGAAACCAAGACAACAGGCAUCCAGCAAGACGGUGAGCUGCAGCUCUCCGUCUGGACGGCGGCCUGGUAUCAACGCAUGACCAUGCUCGUGCCUGAACGGAUUGCUCAGCAUGGCAUUGUCACGGUGCCACUACUGUAUAUCAUCGGGCACGAUUGGAAGUUGUCCUUUGCGAGUUGGCGCGAGGACAGAAUUGAGAUCAUAGGGUCGCUCGUCCUAGGAGAUACGAGGACGUUGCUGGGCUCAUACACUAUCGUUGCUGUAUUGCGGAAGAUCGGCGACUGGAUUGCAACUGUGAAGUGCUCAAUGUCUGAAACUAGAGAAUUAAGUCCCAGGCUGUACGCCAACAAUCAACCCGUAACUGUAGCCGGCACGCGCAAUCUCUUACGACAUCGCCAAAGCUGA